AUGCAUGCACUACGUGAAAGUGCCAGUGUGGAAGACGUUCGUCUAGAGCGAAAGCUUCGCUAUGACUUCGCGAAGUUAAAGGCCAGAGGCCGUCUGCAGGGAGUUUUACGCUCCCGCUAUGCUUCGGCUGCCUCUGCAGCCGCGAGUUCACGUCAAUAUUUUGUCACGAACUCGCACGCUCUCACUACGACGAGUGAGAAGCGCGACACUCGUCAACACGAGCUCGGCCGUGGCGCUCAAAAACGUCAACGGCGUUCGGACAUUCUUGACGGAGAUGAAUCUCAUACUCCCAUGAGUUUUCAGACUCAGGGUACCCACGCCACUUCACCUGAUAUUGGUAGUGACCAUGACGACGAAGUCGUUGAAGUACCCGCUCCACAUAAACCUGGAAGCUCCCUUGCUUAUCAAGCAACGCCGGUGGCGGUCGGAGUAUCGGCUGAAAGUCAAACUGAGUUGGUGAAGAGAGCGGAGGAUCUCCGUGAGACUUUGGGUCCGACUUAG